AUGGUCGCCCAUGACACGGUUACCCAUGACGCGGCCACAAGUCAUAUGAAAUUCAAUAACGAAGACCUUUUUUCUUUCUUGGUGGAUAUUUAUUCCUUUCAGCCGAUUCCAGUACAAACGACCCUGGCAGUUGCGAUCUCCGAUUCACCAUACGUCUACUCGCUUAAACAAGUGGUAGAAUUAUUUGAGUUGCUUCGCCAAGGCCACGAAUCAGAUCUGAAAAAAUUAGCUGACGAGAUGCAGCGACCUUUGCUCCUAAGAGCGGAUACAGUGGAGUUGGUGCUUAAUGCGUGGAAAAUUAAUAUGGCACACCCGGAGGAUACAUGGUACGUUUUUUCUCUUCUAAAAAAUUCAAAUAUGAUUGAUCUCAAUCUCUUCAACUUGUGGCUGCGAUAUGUCCAAUUAUACUGGAAACAUGUGAAAUCGACUCUGGGUGUCUAUCCUUAUCUCUAUAAGGAUAUUGAUGCUUUUCUGAAACAACAGUUGUCAAUACAGCAAAUGACGGCUGUGCUGUCCUCGAAGGCAUUUUAUCACCUGCUUACAAUGGUAUUUACUUGUGAUGUUUCGAAAAUUGCCAGGAGCUGGAAUCUAAAGAUAUUGAUUUAUGGCACGACACCUAAACAAUAUUUCAAAUACCUGUUUCGGUCACCAAUGUCUUCUAUUGACGACAAAAACUUUAUGCCGGCAAUUCAAUUUAUCGGUAUUUACAAGAAACGCGCUGUCGAACUCAGAGUCAGAAGUAGCAGUUGCCAUGCUAAAGUACAUUGA